CUGUAUCAGCUGGAGUAGUUACCACAAGAACCUGCUAGCCAGCAGUGACUAUGAAGGCACCGUCAUCCUUUGGGAUGGAUUCACGGGACAAAGAUCCAAGGUGUACCAGGAGCAUGAGAAGAGGUGCUGGAGUGUUGACUUUAACUUGAUGGACCCAAAGCUAUUGGCUUCAGGCUCUGAUGAUGCCAAAGUGAAGCUGUGGUCUACCAACUUGGACAACUCAGUAGCAAGCAUCGAGGCCAAGGCUAACGUGUGUUGUGUCAAAUUCAGCCCCUCUUCUAGGUAUCACCUAGCUUUUGGCUGUGCAGAUCACUGUGUUCACUACUACGAUCUUCGCAACACUAAGCAGCCAAUCAUGGUAUUCAAAGGGCAUCGCAAGGCAGUCUCCUACGCAAAAUUUGUAAGCGGGGAAGAAAUCGUCUCUGCGUCAACAGACAGUCAGCUGAAGCUGUGGAACGUAGGGAAGCCUCACUGCUUGCGCUCCUUCAAGGGACACAUCAACGAGAAGAAUUUCGUAGGGCUCGCAUCCAAUGGAGACUACAUUGCCUGUGGAAGUGAAAAUAAUUCCCUUUACCUAUACUAUAAGGGCCUCUCAAAGACACUGCUGACGUUCAAGUUUGAUACAGUCAAAAGUGUCCUGGACAAGGACCGAAAAGAAGAUGACACAAAUGAGUUUGUGAGUGCUGUAUGCUGGAGGGCACUACCAGAUGGGGAGUCCAAUGUGCUGAUUGCUGCUAACAGUCAGGGUACAAUUAAG